AUGGAACCCCAGCUCUUCAAGUGGGCAAGCAGAGAAUUCAUUACAAACGUAUCAAAGAGGCGAAAACUGGCCUCCAACCAUCCUCCCCCACUACCUCCCCCUCCUUCUCCUACCAACCAAUACACCAAUCUUGCAGACCCACAAAAUCCUUAUCGCCUUGAAACAUCUGAUAACCCAGGAACCAUAUUAGUCACUGACCUUCUCCAUGCUGAAAAUUUUUCCACCUGGUCUCGUUCACUCCAACGUGCUCUUUGUGCAAAGAACAAGAUCGGUUUUCUCAAUGGAACACUCAACCAACCUUCAGACCCGACUGACCCUCUCUUCGACCUCUGGGAUAGAUGCAACGAUAUGGUUGUAUCUUGGAUCCAAAAUUCUAUAAGCCUUCCCUUACAUUCUUCGGUGGCCUUUGUUGACAAUGCCCAUGAUAUUUGGACUGAGUUACAAGAACGUUUCUCCCCACAAAAUGGCCCCCGAAUAUAUGAACUCAAAAAAACCUUGGCUAAUCUGUCUUAG